AUGAGCUCGGCCGAUAUGGCCAGCCUGGCCAAACCACUAAUAACAGCACUCAGCGGCGUGCAAGACCCAGACAAACUCGACGGCAUCGCACGCCGAGUCGCCGCAAGGCUGAGGGUAGAUUCGCAUGGCAGCUCGCGAAAGGAGUGGACAGACGUCCGCAGCUCGCUCCAGGGGCUGAGCAAUACGGCGAGGAUCCGAGUGAAGGACGAUAUUGCAACAGCAUAUGAUAAGCUCGUGGCCAAGCUCGAGGAACAUAGGCGGCGUGGAGGGACAGCCUGGGACGAGAACCUCGAGCUCAACUCGUCGUAUAUCCCACAGCAUGUGCAGCUUCUCCUCAACUUGUCCAAGCCGACCGAUGAGCGGACACAGCAGUUUGCAGAGGAGUUUCUCUCCAGGCUACCGGAGGGCGACAAGCCGCAGGAGCUGCUCUACGAGGAAAUCAUGGCCGAGCCAUUCGAGGGAGACCAUUGGGGCGACGGGUACAAUGAGGAGGUGUCCGAGGGAUGGACGGAUAGCGAAGGGUCCGAAAGCGACUUCACGCCAAACGAGGACGAGGUCGUCACGCCAUCAAGCAAGCCGACGUACCAGAAGUCUGCGGCCCAGCGUGCCCGUGAGGCGGAGGCCCAGCGUCGCGCAGAGGAGGAGCAGCGACUCAUGCUCGCCAAGCUUACUCUCCGCGAAGUUACGGCAAACGCGUACUGGAGAACAGGCGGCGUCGACGUUCAGAGCUCGACAGAGCUCCGUGGUUGGCAGGCGCUCUCGACGGUUCCCGCACUGGCCUCGCCAGCACUACCCUCCACAACCACCAAGGCUAUCAGCUCUCGUCAACUUCAGCGCGAGCUUCUCUUCGCUCUCAGCGGCCGACCCGGUGUCAUGUUCUCCUUUGGGGAAGAUGGCACGUGUUCAGUGGCGCGGCAGCGCCCGAAUGUGCUGUCAUUCUCGGCCGAUGCGCUGGAAGGGAUCCUGUCCUCUUUCGCUGUCCAGGUCUCAGAAGUCGGGGUUAUCAGACACUACGUGGCACAAACGCUCGCUCCACUGGCCUCCUCGUCAAAGCCGCCACCACUGAACCGGGAAACACAAGACGCCUUUGCUGCGGCAUGCCAAAAGGUUCUUCACAAGCUGGACGCCUGGGUUGCCGAGCUGGAGUCGACGUUCAUGGGCGCACAGCCCAUGACUCCGGCCAUCGUGCCCAUCUCGAGCGCUGCAUCGACACCCUUGGUUCUGAGCAUGGAGUUCGCACGGCGGUAUGGCGACCUGAUCAGCUACCUGCGCGAUUUGAUACCUUUUGCCGAGGACUCAAACGAGCUCCUGAACGCCAUCCAUGGCUCUAUUUCCGAUCUCACGAAUCAGCCUGUGCGGGCCGAGUUGCUCGACAUCUUUGUGCAGACUGCCACGCCAAUGUGGCGACUGCUGCAGAGCUGGCUCGUCGACGGCAUGCCGGUGCCCGAGAGCCUCAAGACGCACGACGCCGACUUGGCUCUCCAGGCCAUCGACGAUGAGCUUCCGCUCAGCCCCGAGUUCUUCAUCCGACGCGAUCGCGACUCGGCGUGGUCAGACGAGGAUUUCUGGGAGGCAGGCUUCGUCGUCGUCGAUGGCGGAUGGCCCAGCUGGCUCCAGGGUACGGAGGAAGAGGUAAUGGAAGGAGGCAAAGCGAUGGGACUGCUGCACAGCCUCUCGCUCAUGGACAACGCGCGGCAUGACUGGAUCGGGCUCGAUGAGAUCAUCACGCACGACACGCAGAACAUUCCCCAAGCGCUCGCCGACUAUCUAUUCCCUAUCUGCACCCACAACCAGGCCCUCCUCGCGCGGGUGCUGGAGUGGGAUUGCGCGCUACAGAGACACCUGACCGCCAUCGACGGGCUCACGCUCAUGCGCGGCCCGGUGGUGGUCAACGAGUGGGCGGACUUGCUGUUCGAGCAGAUGAACUGCGGCAAACCAUGGGCCGACUUCCAGCUCCUCACCUCGUCCCUUCGUGACACCAUCGAAUCGCACGGCGCCACCUGGAUGAAUGCGCCGGCGGUGCGGGCCCGGACGACCCGGCGGUCCGGACGGGCCGUCCUCGCCGACAUCCGUGUCGACUACCUCGUUCCGUUUCCUCUAUCUCAGCUAUUCACGCCAACGGCAGUGGACCUUCGAUCGGACAUCUUCGUGUUCCUGCUGCGCCUCGUCAAGGGACGCAAGGUGCUCCUGGAAGCUCGAAUGCUGGCCGAGACGUACGGAGGAGCCCGGCCUGAGCUGCGACUCCUGCGUAAGCUCAGGCAUGCGUUGUCAUGGAUCUUGGACUCGCUGUGGAACUGGGUCAACAACCUCAUCGAUGUCCGUGCCGCAGAACACUCGAAGAAGAUCGAGAUUGCACCGUCGUUCUACGCUAUGAUCCGUCUGGAAAUGCAGCAUGUGCGGAAACUACGCGGGUUCUGCUUCCUGGACGCGAAUGCUGCUACGGCGUCCCGAAUCAUUGACGUGAUCCUCAACAUGGCCGAGGAGCUGCAAGUCGCCGCUGGUCCGUCCAGCAACGACCCAGCGGCCAUCAGAGGGCCACCGCCACGGCCGCCGAGGAGGAGGAGAAAGCGGGAUCCCCAGUCUGAUGACGACUCGGACGACGACGACACGUCCGCCCGGUUCAAUCGUACGGCAGUGAGCAACAUUUCGCUCUCGAGCUCGGCUGUGCAUUUGGACAGCAUGGCCGACCGGCUUAACACGCAAGUGAGACGGUUCCGACGUGAAGUCGAAGGCCUAGCAUCAGACGGAGGGGUAGAUCAGUCUGAUACGCGGGACACAUGGUCUGUCCUUGCCUUUUCUCUCGAGGACUGGAAGGAUGUGUAA